AUGAGACUGAAGAUUUCACUUCUGAAGGAACCCAAACACAAAGACGUAGUUAGCUGUGUGGGAUGGACUACAGCUGACGAGCUCUACUCCUGCGCUGAUGAUCACCAGAUUAUGAAAUGGAACCUUUUAACCAGCGAGACAACCCGAGUAGUGAAACUGCCUGAUGAGAUUUAUCCCAUAGAUCUGCACUGGCUUCCCAGAAGUAUAGGUGGGAAGAAGCAGUCCCAGGCUGAGAGCUUUGUUCUUACAAGUUCUGAUGGGAAGUUCCAUUUGAUUUCUAAGCUAGGAAGAGUAGAGAAGAGUGUGGAAGCCCACUCUGGAGCUGUCCUAGCAGGAAGGUGGAAUUAUGAAGGAACAGCACUGGUUACAGUGGGUGAAGAUGGUCAAGUGAAAAUCUGGUCUAAGAGUGGAAUGCUGAGAUCCACUUUAGCUCAGCACGGAACACCAGUGUACUCAGUAGCCUGGGGACCUGAUUCUGAGAAGGUUCUCUACACUUCAGGGAAGCAGCUGAUUAUUAAACCUCUUCAGCCAAAUGCCAAAGCUUUGCAGUGGAAAGCCCACGAUGGACUCAUUUUGAAAACUGACUGGAACUCAGUUAAUGACCUUAUUCUUUCUGGAGGGGAAGACUGUAAAUAUAAGGUUUGGGACAGUUUUGGAUGUCUUCUCUACAGCUCCCAGCCCCAUGAGCAUCCUAUAACAUCAAUUGCCUGGGCUGCAGAUGGAGAACUCUUUGCUGUGGGAUCUUUCCAUACGUUGCGUCUCUGUGAUAAAACUGGGUGGUCUUAUGCUUUGGAGAAGCCAAACACUGGCAGCAUCUUCAACAUCUCUUGGUCUAUUGAUGGCACUCAGCUGGCUGGAGCCUGUGCAAAUGGCCACGUCAUCUUUGCCCACAUCGUGGAGCAACGCUGGGAGUGGAAGAACUUUGAAAUAACCUUAAUUAAGAGGAGAGCCAUGCAGGUGCGUGAUGUUCUGAAUGAUGCAGUGGAUGUGCUGGAAUUCCGUGACAGGGUCAUUAAGGCCUCCUUGAACUAUGGACAUUUGGUUGUUUCCACUUCUCUUCAGUGCCAUGUGUUCUCUACGAAGAACUGGAACACACCACUGAUCUUUGACCUGAAGGAAGGAACAGUUAGUUUGAUUCUACAAGCAGAAAGGCAUUUUCUUCUAGUUGAUGGUGGUGGACUUUAUUUAUAUUCAUAUGAAGGAAGAUUAAUUUCCUCUCCAAAGUUUCCUGGGAUGAGAACAGAUGUUUUAAAUGCCCAGACAGUUUCUCUAAGUAAUGAUACUCUAGCAGUAAAAGACAAAGCUGAUGAAAAGGUUAUCUACAUAUUUGAAGCUUUAUCUGGAAAGCCACUGGGUGAUGGCAAGCCCCUAACCCAUAAGACAGAAAUUGUGGAAAUUGCUUUGGACCAGAGAGGGCUUACAAGUGAAAGAAAAAUAGCUUUUAUUGAUAAGAACAGAGAUCUUUACAUCACUUCAGUGAAGAGGUUUGGAAAAGAGCAGAAGAUUGUCAAAAUAGGUACAAUGGUUCAAUCUUUGGCCUGGAAUGACACAUCUAACAUCCUUUGUGGCAUUCAAGAUGCUCAUUUCACAGUCUGGUAUUACCCCAACACAGUCUACGUGGAUAAAGACCUUCUGCCAAAAACUCUGUAUGAGAAAGAUGGAAGUGAAUUUAGCAAAAAUCCCCAGAUUGUGCAUUUUGUAGGCAAUCAAAUCACAAUUAGAAAAGCAGAUGGUGCCCUUGUUCACCUCAAUAUUUCACCUUACCCUGCCAUUCUCCACGACUAUGUCUCUGGUUCCAAAUGGGAAGAUGCUGUCAGACUGUGUCGCUUCGUCAAGGAUCAAACUCUGUGGGCGUGCUUGGCUGCUAUGGCAGUUGCCAACAAAGAGAUGGCUACAGCAGAGAUCGCCUAUGCAGCCAUUGGGGAGAUCGACAAAGUUCGGUACAUCAAAUUCAUCAAAGAUCUUCCAUCCAAAGAGUCCAGGAUGGCUCACACACUGCUCUUCAGUGGAAACACCCAGGAAGCUGAAACCCUCCUUCUUCAAGCUGGCCUCAUUUACCAAGCUAUUCAAGUCAACAUUGACCUCUACAACUGGGAUAGGGCUCUAGACCUAGCAGUAAAGCACAGGACACAUGUUGACACAGUGCUGGCUCAUCGACAGAAGUACCUACGGGACUUUGGGAAAACAGAAACCAACAAAAGGUUUUUGCAGUAUGCAGAAGGUCUGGAAGUGGACUGGACUAAAAUCCAAGCCAAGAUACAGAUGGAAAUUGCUAAGGAGAGAGAAGCAGCAGCAGCAGCUGAGGCCGGGGGGAGAGCCAGCGUCACCGUCCAGCAGUGACUGU